UAGAUUUUUAGCACGUCGAACAAAUUUCCGUGACAGAACUAUACGGCUAAUGUCAACAGCUAACGCUAGCUUAUGUUAGCCCGUUACCGAUAACCUGUUUGCUCAGUCCUGGUGCUGACUUUGCCAGUUAUUAAUACCUCUGACAGACAAGACCUCCUCAAACUGCAUUAAUUACGGGUUGUCAUUUGUUACAAACUACUACCUCACUCCUCAAGCCUUCUUUUGCAGAGCUAACAUUCGAAUGUUUCCCGUGCAUUUUGGCACCGGCCACCCGCUGUGCGGAACGGCCAAGUAUGUUGACCCUUAGAGCCGCCGGACUCUCGCAAAGCACGUGGUGUCAUUUGUCCGAAACAGGUGUUCGCGAGGAUGCACGCGACUAAUUUGAUGAUUAACCCAUAGCUGCACAGGUGUUAACCUCUUUCACCUUCAGGUGCAUCUGCAGUAAUCUGCCAGAAAAUGAGACAAAUCAGUGUACGCAAUAUUUUCCAGAUGCAGUGAAGCUGUUUGGGACAACCACCGGACAGUGCUGCCACCCUUCACAUUAACAGUCAGCUCCUCCUCCUACACAUAAACACAGAAGCAGUUUGAAAGCCUCCAUCAAACUCAUGACGUUUUGAGCCGAAGUGGCCGCACUGUGGCCUGUAUACCGCUGUUUCCCUCUCUGUCCUCCUCAUACCUCAAACUGACGCAAAACCCAAGGCACCUAACCCCCCUCCCCCACCCCCACCCCGUCCCAAGCAAUUCUCCACCCCCCGCCAUGGUGUCCGGCACAGAGACCGUGCACUAUAUUCAUCUGCACAACUCCAGCCAGUCAGUGCUGGAGGCCCUGCGAACACAGCGGCGUGAGGGCCUCUUCUGUGAUGUGACCGUUCGGAUACAUGAUGCCUCCCUGAGAGCCCAUGCCUGUGUCCUGGCAGCCGGCAGCCCUUUUUUUCAGGACAAGCUUCUGCUGGGUCACUCUGAGAUAUCCGUGCCGCCACUGGUGCCCGCGGAAACUGUGAAGCAGCUUGUUGAUUUCAUGUACAGUGGCUCCCUGGUGGUUCUGCAGUCGCAGGCCCUCUGCAUCCUAACAGCUGCCAGCAUCUUGCAGAUCAAGACGGUCAUUGAUGAGUGUACCCAGAUCAUCUCUCAGAGGAAGGCGGCGGCAGAGGCGGCGAGUGCAGCAGCAGCCGCAGCAGCAGCCGCAGCAGCAGCUGCAGGAACAGGAGUUGGAGGGGGGAUGCUUGGAGGAGUUCACCCAAAACAAGAAGAACGUGGUAUGGGCAAGGGUAGAGAGACCGGCAACAGUGGGAGCUGCUCUGUUAGUAGUUCGGGUGGGGUUGGAGGUUUCGCAAACUUCUCUAAUUUCAUGACAGAAUGUGGGGCUAGUAACAUGGGUGGGGGGUUAGUUGGUACCAGUGUUAGUGUCAGUGAGAGUGGCCCAGGUGCCAUGGAUCAAAGUAGCACUAUUAGUCUGAUGGCGUUGGGGGACAUGGUGCCCGGCUCCAUAUGUGGCGAUGACGGGAUGGCCCCAGGCACUGGUCCAGUCCUCAUGAAGCAGACCUCCAGUUGUACUCAGGAUGUAAGGUACAAGCUCCGAGACCUGUUGGCACAAACUGCCAAUGGAGCCAGCACUAGUAGCACUGGAAACCUCUCGGCCGGCUGCAGCUCUGGUGUGGGCAGCGUUGACAGCGUCAGCAGGGACAGCCUCCGUGGCAACACAACUGACCUCUCCGAUGACCUUGUAGGGAUGGACAGAUACAGCGAAGAGGAGGACUUGGACGGUAGAGAGCGGGGAAGAGAUGGAGACAGAGACAGGGGGGCGAGCCACAGCCGCAAGCAGAGGCAGCCGCUAAGACUCCAGGUGCUGGGAGGAGAGGGAGUGGUGGUUAAAGAUGAAGGUGUGCAGGACUCCGAUGGGACCAUCUAUUCCUUGGAGGAUGGGAGACGAGACCAAGAGCCAGAGGGUGGCCAGGACUCCAUGGCCAGCUUUGGGCAGGAUUUCUAUGAUGAACACGGAGUCUUCUCAGAGAGUUUCUGGCCUCAGAGUGAACCUCCUCAAGCCAUGGCUUUUAACCCCAGAGGAAGGGUCAACAAGCCGCUGACUCCACCUCCAUCCUCGCAGUCUAUUAACAACCAGCUUCUUUUCCAGUACCCAGUGAGCCACUCACAGCCUCCUCCAUUCUAUGUGGGAGGAACCAUGGGAGGGAUUGACAGCAUGGCGGGAACAGAGCCCUCACAGCAGGCUCCUCCCCCAGCACCAAUGACCCCUGUCCCCACUUCUUCAGCAUCCUCCUGUUCAGCAGGGCCUUCUCCUUCCUCCCAGGGAUCUGAGACCUCGUUUGACUGCACACACUGUGGCAAAUCUUUACGUUCCAGGAAGAACUACAGCAAGCACAUGUUUAUCCACUCGGGUCAAAAACCUCAUCAGUGCUCCAUCUGCUGGCGCUCCUUCUCCCUGCGGGACUACCUCCUCAAACACAUGGUAGUGCAUACUGGUGUUAGGGCCUUCCAGUGCACUAUGUGCGGCAAGCGCUUCACACAGAAAAGUUCCCUCAACGUGCACAUGCGCACUCACCGUGCCGAGCGCACCUUCCAGUGCAAUGUUUGCCACCGGGCAUUCACCCACCGCACCUUGCUGGAGCGUCAUGCCUUGCAGCAUGCCCACCACACCCCCCAGACCCUAGGGCCAGGUCAGGGGCGCGGAGCCGACAUGACCUCACCUACCAAGCACAGUCCUCCUGGUAUGGGAGGAACCUCAGGUCUGGCUGGCACAGCCGCUAUGGUUGGCAGCAUGCCUAGCAUGCCCAGCCAUGGAGCUGCCUCCACCUAAAUAUAGGAGGAAAAGAGAGAAAGGGAAAUUCAGGGGAGAAGAGGACGGGGUUAGUUAGCUCAUUCCUCAAAACCAACACUUAACACUUGUAAUUGUUUUUUUUUAUUUGAUGGUAAUAGCGCUUACAAGGUUGCCUGUCUUAUUGUAUUAGCUUCAGUCAGGGUUUCAGGGUUUGGAAGAAAAAGAUGUUCCGUUCCAGAAAGCUGUAUUAAAAGUUGUAGCCUGA